CCGAGUAGAAUGACUAGGUCUCGUAAUUUUACGUCUCUCUAAAGUAUUGUGUCGUGUGCGUGGAAUGCGUAUGUGUGUAUCAUCUUUCAUACUUAUAUGUGGUAUUAUCUAUGUACGUGCGCUACAAUACAGUACAACACACCGAGUCUAGAUAUAUAGUUCUAUAGUAUAUACAUAUACCCCUCCGUUGUUGCUUACUAUCAGAAGCACGUUAAAGAUAUGUUUAGCUCGAAGUAGGAAUCCUACUGGACAUAGCGGAUUUACAUACACAUACAUUAAUAUAUGUAUUUAAUCGGAAUUAGAUAUAGUUUGAUUCAUUCAUAAUGAUGAGCCUAUCGAUAUACACGGCCGUCAGUGCACUCGCAACUGUGUGCACGGUAUCUUUUGCACUCGGUCGAGCAGGAUCCAUACCUGAGCAAGGAGCCUCUCUUCAUAUACUCAAAGUCGUCUUUGCAGACAAACUUAGCGUAUUGUUGCUCGUCAAUCUGACAUACACCAUUCUGCUAUGGGUGGCCAAAUCGAUACAGUACAUAUUCUUUGGUUUACUAAGACCUGUAGAAAGUCAGCACAUGUAUGACCGUCUGUUGAACUAUCUGAUGUUGAAGAUCAUGUUUGUAGGUGCUAUACUAGAGCCCGACAUGUACGAGCUGAUUAUGUGGACGACAUGGUUUAGCAUCCUAGGCUUUCUGCGUGUCUUUAGUAUGCUGGCACGUGACCGGUUUGACUUUGUCACCGCAUCACCUACAACACCUACUAAUGUACAUGGUCGACUCCUGUACUUACUGGUAGCCAUACAAGUACUUAAUGCUUCUUGGCUAGGGUUGUGUAUGUACGUUUUCUCAGAGGCCGGCGUGUCUGUGUUGUUCUUGCUCGUAUUCGAGUGCGCAACGCUAUUUAUAGACACACUGCAAACCAUCAUGAAAUACUGCAUACACCUCUACGACCUGCAGUACACGGGUGUGUGGGAACAACGAAACUCACUUAUGUACCAUACGGAGAUCAUUACUGAUCUGGCGGUACAAUUAGCCACACUACUACACUAUGUGCACGUGUUGGCGUUGCACGGAAUAAACUUCACACUGAUAGAUGCGGUGCUGUUCUUGAAUAUACGCACUGAGUUCAAGCAGUUCCGCAAGCGACUGGCUGGCUAUCGCAAUUACUUUAUUGCGAAUAGGAGUUUAAACACUUUAUAUCCAGACGUAACACCUGAGCAGUUGAAGAUCUAUGACGAUCACUGUGCCAUCUGCAGAGACGAUAUGCUCAACGCGAAGCAGCUCCCGUGCAAGCACAUGUUUCAUGCCAGUUGUUUGCGUUCAUGGCUAGAGCACCAUGGCUCGUGUCCCACGUGUCGGAUGUCUCUCGUCGAAGACGGACCUCCCAGUGCGAGCGACCCGGCGACUGCCAGUGUGCUGGCCAGCCGCAAUCGUGCGAGCUUGUCUAUCAAUAAUUCGGACCUGAAUGUCCUCAGACCGUUAACUGGGCUCGAGCCAACUCGGGCACUGUCUCUGCCCCACCCAGCAGUGGACAGGACUGGGACCAGGUCCAAUGACGAUGGCCCGGGUGCAGGGUCGGACGCGACUCUGAAUAAUAGGGGGGACUCUACGGCAUGGGCAACCAGUCAAGGGUCCGACAGGCGGUUGGGUGGGGGUGACUUACGCAGGCGAAGACGGGAAGGGAAUAGGGAUCCAGAGGUGCACUCUGGGGAAACCAUUGCAUCACUCUCAGACGUACACAUACGCCCACGCAGGCGCGUGAGUGCAGCGAUGUCUGGUGAAGGUAGUAGCCAUAGUAUCCUGCCACGGUUACAGCAGGUCAGUGACGCGUUCGUGGGCUUGCCGCCUCUGGCGUUCAAUCAGUCCUCCGCCACACGUACACACACACCCUCACCCCGUACGCUGGCGGGUGCGCGGGAUGGAUCUGUUCUUGCACAGGCGAGGGCUCAGACAGCAUCACAGCCCAGCACAAGUGCACAUACACAUACACAUACACACACACAUACACACACGCAGCGUGUUGCACAGCCUAUGGCGAGAGAUGCACGAGCAGGGAUGGAUAUGAAUACAUACGCGGGUGGUGGGUUGGGUCGUCUGUCGGGCUGGCUUGAGCAGUUGAUUGGGUCCUUCACAGCCACCCCGCGACUGAGUGAAGAGGAGCUGCAGGAAAUGGUCGAAGGGGUGUUGGAAGUGUUCCCACAGGCGAGUCGACACGCGGUGCUGGCAGACCUCAGGCGCACGGGGUCUGUGGUGCAGACUAUCGAUAAUGUACUCGUAUGGCCCACACCUGCACCCACACCUACACCCGUACUCACAUCCGUACAGACAAUCACGACCGUGCAACGGCCUACUACGGAUGAAGUGGAGGAUGGGUGGGUACGAAUGAGUCUGCAAGACUUACCGACUGUGAAUGAACAUCCAAGUGUGGGCAGGGAUGCUGGUGCGUCGACUGAACAGGCGGGUGGGUUAGAGGCAGAGAGUACCACGACCCGCAGUCGCACGGAUGCGGAUGCGGAUGCGAGCAAUAGUGUGAGCUACCCUGUAGGUACCUACCACAGCCAACGUAUUGUGGGCGGACCUAGUGGUAGUUCAAGGGUUCUGUCAUCACACACGCAGCGAGACGAGAGAGUUAGAGGGUUGCAGGCAUCUGAGCUGACUGGAGGGGUGAACACGAACCCGGACGCGGACACGCGGAUGGGACAUGAUUCGCAAGCAAGACUGCGUGAACGUGGCGAGACAUGCAGCAGUAAUACGUUAGAUAUAGAAAGAGCUGGGGGUGCGGGGAGAAGUCCCGGAACUCAGAGCAACAGCACUAGUGUGUUUACUUCGCGCGCGCCUGUUGCGGAGGCACUCGACAGCUCACGACGGGCUGUGGGUAGGGAAGCAUCCAGUAGCAGCAGUCACUAUAGGGAACACACUCCCACCAAUCACAACAACACCCAACUAUCAUCCAGUAGUCACAGUGACACUCAGCUAUCAUCUAACAGUCACAGUAUCAAUCAACCAUCAUCUAGUAGCCACAGUGGCACUGCCGCCUCGUCUAAUGGGGAUGACAGUAGGAGUGUACAACACAAUAGCCAGCAUGCCCCACACACAUCCCUCGCCGACCCUCACUCCGACAUAGCGCAAGCCAACGGUGUGGGCUUGGCUGCUAGACGUGACUCUUUCACAGACAGUGAACUGAGCCGACAUAUAAACGUUUUCAGAUCUUCGCAAACUCACAUGCAACACCAAAGGAGACCUGGCGGUGUGACUCUUACCAUGGGAGCUGGGGUGGAUAGGGCCAUUAGUGGACUAGGUAGCUUCCUCGCAGGCAACUACCAGAGCGAACCCGAGGUGUCGACUAUAAGCAACUCGGUGGUGGACGAAGAGAAACAAAGACUCAUCGCCCAGUCUCGCAGACGCUAUACCGAACGGCUACAAGCGCAGAGAGUUGCCGUAGCGGAGCGAAGGAACGAGGCCGACGACAGCAUGGGACUAAUAUCGAUGGGUGUGGACGCUGCACUCAGCCAGCCAGCCAGUGUAGGCACGGAGACUAGUAUUACGGACGGUGGUGCUAGUCCACAUUCCAGUGUGUCGGGUGACGGUGCGAGUGCGUCCUCGAGUGGUGGGAGAGAUGAAGUAGGUAUGGACUCAAGUGUUGCGGAUGACAGUGUAGGUACAAAAACAAGUGCCACAGAAGAUGGGGCGGGCAACCAUGCCUCUAUGGGAGAGAUGUCGUCUGUGGGUGAAUCAGAUGGACCGGAGCCGCUUGUUCUUUCAGACACAGCAGCUUCGUCGCGAUCCACUGCGGCGUCUGGCACACCAUCACCAACACCAUCACACUGGCAACUACAAGUGCAGUCGUCGCCCGUGCAGGCGGCAACGGGUCAACCGGCGGAGGGGGAUGUACCUACGUCAGCCCACAAAGAUACUCCAUCUCCGGAAGCAAGCUUAUCCUACAGUCGAGAUGAGAUUCGGGAGCAGGCCUUCCUGGCUGCGGAAGCCAGGCGAACCCAGAACAGACUCUGAGCACAUGCCAUCGGUUGACAUCAGAGGACUCCCCAUGACUCGCAUGUUUGGGGAAGGUCGGGAUAUUGUGUGGUCAGCUGUGCGCGAGUAAUGGAUAUAAGUCUGUACACCGCAUUCAGAGUGGUUGUGAUCGGUUGUUAUAGCUGUUGGUGCCGUAUGGGUUGGCUCGUGGGAUUGGCUUUCGUGGCAGGUACUGACCUCAAUGUCUAAGGGUGUGAGUGAUUAAACUCAAACCAUACAUCCUAAAUGAUUAUGAAGGUGCAGGGAUGCGACUGUGAGUGGACGAGGCACACUACGCAUCACCCAUAUGUAGAGUGAAGGUGGCAAUAGUGGGGUGCGUCUUUGAACGGGGCAGAUAGCAAGUAAGGAAGACCUAUGUGUAGUUUCACAAAGUUCGUAGAAUUUCGUUAUAAUAUCUUUCUUUUAAUGAAAGGGAGAGCUUAGUACAGUCGUCUGCAUCUUCAUGAUUCUCAGCACGCGUUAUAGGAUUAACCGAAGCUCACUCUAGCGUGACCUACAUGAUUCGAAAACGUUAGCGAAGUAAAAGACUUAGGCCUUCCCCC